CUUUCGUGUCCCUUUCAAUUUUUUCCAAUCUCUGUCUCCGUUCUCACCCAUUCCCAAUUCCAAACCCAACAACGGCGCCACUACAAUCCAAAAACCCAAAAGGCAAAAGCAAAGCAGUAAAGCAAGGAGCAAAGGCUGCAACGCACUUCUUUCCAUUACCAUUUUUCUACAACUUUCCUUUCUACUCCAGGAAAUUGAAAACACCAACAUUUCAAGCAACUGUAAAGCACAACAAGAAGCAUCAGCAGCAACUCUUGAUUUCUCUUGAAACCUGCUAAAAAAUCCAACUUUAGAUCAUGGAAGAAUCUGAGACAUACCCAAAAGAAUACUUAUCCCCACAACCAAGAAGAGCUACCUUAACCCCGUCAUCUUCUAAUUCAGCUGCAACAACCAGUGUCCACGUCACUGCUUUAGACGGGCUAGUGAAUGUGAACUCACUUUUCACCAUUGCAGUCUUUGUGGGUCUUUCUUUAACCACACCUGGCCAGAAAAGUCUCGAGGACCGUACAGCUUGUGAUGCUGGCAUUGAAGUGGUCAGGAAAUUGUUGGUAUUUGAGGUUGUCUCAUUCAGCUUUUUUCUCUUCUCUUCACUUGUUGCACAGGGCCUUAAAUUGGCAAUUAAUCUUUUGAAUAGCAAAGAUGUUGAUGAGGCUUUUAAGGCUCACAUUAAUCCGAAAGUGCUGAGGCUUGGGAUGUUGGGCUCUGCUGUUGGAUCUGUAAUGGGGUGUUUGUUCUUGAUGCUUUCAAUGGUCAAUGUGAUUGAGAUUCGGCUCGGGAUGUUAUCUUGUGGGAGUAAAUCUGCAAUUCAUGCUGUCACGGCCUUGAUCAUUCUGGUCACCUCUGCUCUUGUGGUUUAUAUUUCUACUGCUGUAUAUGCAUUUCUGCACUGAAGUGAAUCUUUUAUUAAUAGUACUGUUUGUUAGUUUUCUGUAUUCGAAUGUUAGUGAAGCUUGCAAGUUGUAGUCAUGUGUGAGAUGAAUAUCAGUUUUGCUAUGUUACAUCUAUCGGCGGGACACUCCAAUAUUAUAUAAUUUCUCAAGUGAUCUUUUAGGGUUUCUAA